CGCUUCUUUCGGCCGUUGUCUAUGUGUGCGUGCGCGAGUGUGUAAACCAGGAAGCCAGGAGCAAGCUAUUCCAAGAAUUCUUAUCAAUGAGUCUGUAGUUGUAUGCCGAUGCAUUGGCCAGAUUAAAAUGAAUAGGUUUUGAUACGUUCACGAUAGCUGAUUUUUCAUUAGCGUUCGUCGCUCGCCUUGUUUCCGUUAGCAUUUGCCUUUCCGUCUGUGUUCGUGUGUGUGUGUGAGCGUGUGUUUGUCGCACCACGCCUACACGCCGCGCUUAAGAAUGGCUGCAACGGUUUACCAGCGCCUACACAACGCCAGCCUUGGUAUUACCAGCGGCUCCGGCAACAACAACAAUAACAACAGCAGCACCAGCAGCAGCAGCCACAGUGGUGGCCACCAAUCCAGCGGCUUGCUGGGCCACUCACAGCUGGCGCGCUCAUUGGAGCGCAUCUUGGAGGAGGCGCACUUGAGUGGCGAACUCAUACUCACGAAUCGCAAGCUGAAGGAUUUUCCCAAGACGGGCACAAAGUUUAUGUUGACGGAUACGGUAAUUGCAGAUCUAUCCCGAAAUAGAUUCUGUGAGCUACCCGAGGAGAUCACAACAUUUGCAUUUCUGGAGACCCUGCUGCUCUAUCACAAUGCCAUACGCAGCAUACCUGAGUCGGUAAAGCAGCUGUCCUCGCUGACGUAUCUGGACCUGCGGAGCAAUCAGCUGUCAACACUGCCUCGUGAGAUUUGCUUUCUACCCCUGCAGGUGUUACUCGUCUCGAACAAUCGUCUGAUGGCCCUGCCCGACGAGCUGGGACGGCUGGACCGCCUGACUGAUUUGGAUGCAUCGUACAACCAGUUGGCAGCUCUGCCCGCGCGAAUUGGCGAGCUGCGCUCGCUGUGCGCUCUUUCGUUGCGCAGCAAUCAGCUGAUGUAUCUGCCGCGAGAGCUAACCUGUCUGAAUCUCAUCUCGCUCGAUGUGAGCAACAAUCGCAUUGCCAGUUUGCCGGUCGAGAUGCGUCACAUGGGAACGCUGGUGGAGCUGCAGCUGGAGAACAAUCCCCUUACUUCGCCACCGGCUAGUUUGUGUGUACGUGGUUUGGUACAUGUUUUCAAGUUUCUGGAGACCCAAGCAACCAAAGAUGAGAAGGGAUCGCGUGCAGGUGGCAACUACGAUGGCUACACCACGUUGCGACGUGCGGUGCGUCAUAAUUCCAGCGGCAAUGUACUGGAGACUGCAACAAGUCAGCGAAUGGCUACGCGGCUGCAGGUGGACUCUGGUUACAGCACCUGUGAUGGUCUCGACAAGCGUUGGUCCCACGAAUCCAAGUCGAAAACGGACUCCCCGCUCCAUCGCUCCACUUUGCCACACAUUGCUCCCAAUCAUUCGUUGAGCGCCGAGCUCAUGGAUGCUUCACUUACGUCCAGCAGCAGCACCAUUGUUGAUGAAAGUAUCACGUUGAGUGCUGGCGGCUCGCCUGCUCUGGGGAAAUCACGAAGUACUGGAGUCUCCCCACUAGGGUCGCCUAGCAAGCGACCCGUUGGAGAGUCUCCCACACUUGAACAGCACAUCAACUAUGCUCACUCGCGUAGUUCUAGCAAUGGUUCAUCGCCGGACCAAGACGAUCUAAUGCUAGAUCAUCACGAAAGCAGCAUACACAACGGCAAAGUCAGCGAUGAGAAGCUCAACAAGAGCUUGAGCAAUAUACAGACAUAUAAAGAGUAUAAGGAGGCGUUGAAGCAACAGCGUAACCAGGAAAUAAGCAGCGUCUACAAACAGAAGCAUCCGAAUGCGAAUCUAAGUCCGAACGAUGAAGAGUUGCCGCCCACAUCAUCGCGUCUGACAAACGGCACAGCACCGGUCAUACUGCCCAAGUCGAUUAUGAAGCAGCCGAGCAACAGCAAUGGUCAUAGUACGAACGGCAAUGGCCUGGACGAUGUUGUUAUACCAAAGAAACCCAUACAAAAGGUGAUACCUUCGCGUAAUACGGAACUGAUGUCGUCACAGGCGGCGACGAAGAUGCCAGCGAUGACUAAUGAUGCUGGCGGGCCACAAACGGCGAGCGGCGUCGAUUGCUUGGGCUACGUGAAACCUCAUAGUCCCAUGAAGAAUGGCGUGCUCACGAAUAGCAACAACAACAGCAAGUUCAAUACGUCCAGCAGCAAUGGGGGAGGGGCUGGUGUCAUCACCAGCGUCAUCAAAUCGCCCAUAAGCGCCACAGCCAAACUGGGAACCGUGAAAACGCAUCGCACGGUAACCUGGAAUCAUGACAUACCCUCAGAGAAAUUAAGUUUCACCAUGCGACGAGAGUUCGAUCGUCAACGGGAAGAAACCGAGUUGAUGUCACAGCUGCGAAGCAUAAUUGAAACGCGCUUGAAGAUGACGCUGCCUGAGGAUAUUGCAUCGGCCCUGACCGAUGGCGUCAUCUUGUGUCAUUUGGCGAACUAUGUUCGACCACGUUCAGUGGCCAGCAUUCAUGUACCAUCGCCGGGUGUGAACAAACUGACUAUGGCCCGUUGCCGUCGAAAUGUAGACAAUUUCUUGGAGGCUUGCCGGCGCAUUGGCGUAGAUGAGGAGUUGAUUUGCUCCUGUGCAGAUGUUGUGCCUCAGAAUGAUGAACGCGCUGACGAUGACUAUGAUGCUGAUGUGUAUGUCAGUGAUAGCAAUGAUAACAGCAGCAGCAGCAAUAAACUGAAUGGCAGCAGCAGUAACAACAACAACAAUAAUAGUAACAGCAACAGCAAAAUGAAACGCAGCCGAGUGCCGAAUGCAUUGGCAGUAUUGCGUACGGUGGCCGCACUGAUAGCCUUGGAUGCGAAUCCACAUCAUCAGCACAUGCGCUACUUGCAACAACAAGAAGAGUUGCAGUGCAAGCUGCAACAGUUGCAGCUUCUGCAGCAGCAGCAGCAGCAACAGAAAGGGCAGCAAUUCGAACCGCAAAUAGAAGGGAUAGAGCAGCUGGCUGGCAACAUUGUUGCGCAACAUUUUGAGCAAGAGCAAUUAACUGCACAAACCUGCACCAAACAACAACAACAGAUGUUGCAGCCAAAACAACAACAACAACAACAACAGCAACAACAACCAUUACUACAAAAUCACUAUGAGCUAUAUGAGAAUGCAAGCACUUGCUAUUAUGAAACCAUCAUCAAUGGCGAGCAUGUGUAUUCUGCUGAUGAUGUCGCGGCUGGGCAGGAGAAACGGCAACAGCAGCAGCAACAACAACAACAACAUGUUGCUGUUGGUGCCACCUGCAACCUGUACGAAUUGCCGGCGCAGCAGCACAGCACCGUGGGGCAAUUGUUGCGUACGGCAAAGUUGAAGACAUAUGAGAAGAUCAAAUACAAUUUGCUGAGCGCACACGGCCACCACAGCUUCCAGAACAACAACAAUCGCUGCAUGGAAACGAGCAACACCUGUACGUUGCAGACUAUCAUUGAGAGCGAGCACGAUGUGGCAGCCGCUGGACCGGCUGGACACUAUCAGCUGAUCAAUGAGAAGGCAUUCGAGGAGCUUUCAACAGGCACUGCACAGGAGCCAGCGCUGGAAGUGAAGCAACAGGAGGAUCAGCAGCAGCAACAGCAACAUGUGGGAAAGCCGCUGUCCAAACGCAUCGAGUUCUUCGAGCACAACAAUCAGACGGCAAACAAGUCCAAGGUGGAUGUCAAGGGCACGGCCGGCAUCUUCAGCAUUUAUCGCAUCGGCGAGCAGCACAACGAAAAAUUGCUGAUCGGCAACAACAGCAUCAGCAUCAGCAGCUCGACAAUCAAAUUGGAGCAGUUGAAGAAAAACGAGGCGGGCACUUCGUUACUAAAACACGACUCCCAUACUCUGACCAUUGUCUUAUCUUGCGUAUUUAUUGUGACCUUCCUAUUGCUCGUCUUCUUUCCAUUGCCGGGUUAACAGUGGAAGCAACUGUAGCAGCAAUAUAGUAGUUAAGAUGCCUUCAUAUAUUGCCAUAGGUUUAAGUGGGCCCACAAAUUAUUGCCUAGCCAGCUCUGCAGCUUUUGCGCUUCACUAAUCACACAUACAUACACGUAUGUACAUACAUACAUACAUACAUUAAUAAUUAUGUAUAACUUCGAUAGUGAGUUCUUGAGGCUGCUUUUGUUUAGCUAUUAAAAUUGCGACUAAUACUUGACAAGCUUAAAUAUUUUCGUAAAAAGAACAACAUAUUUAGAUUUGGGAAAUUCAUUUUAUAUACGAGUAAAUAUAUAUAUAUAGGAAAAGAAGGGCAACAACACCCCAAAGACUUUGAAAUGCAUCAAGUGUAGCGUAGCAUAUACUAUACGAAAAAAAAUUAGUAUUUGUUUGAACAUAUUCCUAGUUUGCCCCCAGUGUGUGAACUCUAAAACAAGAUUCUCAUCAACCAUUCGGACAUGCGUAUUUUGCUUAGAUCUUAGACGCGUAUAAAAACGUGCUGUACUGAAUUUAAUUAUACAUGCAAAGAAUACAUUUUAAAACACAUAUAGAACAUACUUACCUACAAACAUAUUUAGAAUUUUACAAUAAGUUACAACGAAGUACACAUGAUUUAAGUUCCGCUUUUCACGACACUACUAAACACAACACUACACUAAACAAUAAUGGAGAAAUGUUUGUAUAAAUGUUUGCCUAACAUAAAGCUAGAUAUCAUAAGUUGUGGAAGGGUAUACCAGUGCUGUAGUAGGUUUGAAAUAGUAUAAAGGCUAGAAUUGUUAUAGGCAAGUACCAGUUAAUAGUGUGACACAGGAAUGGAAGAGUUGUAUGGUUUUAAUCGAAGCAGGGACACAAAAGUAGUUUAAGACAAGCCUCUUGGAUAUAUACAUAAAAGCUAUAGAGCAGCAGCAUUGAACGAAGGACGACAACACUUGUGAAUAAGUUAAGGAGUGUGCCAAUCUAUAUAUAUUUUCCAUAAUGCACACGCACAUGUAUACAAUAGCUAAAUAGUUCCAAAUAUCUAUGUAGCAAUCAGGUAUAAGAAUCAGCAAUCCCAAAGCCAAUUCUCUGAAAGUAAACAAAAAUAGUGCCUUUGAUUGUGCAGCGCGUCGCAAUCGAACUGCUCUGUCUAUAUUCAAGAUAAAGCAGCUAUCAAGCAAUAAUUCUACACAUUUUCCAAAUCAUUUUGUUUACUAAAUAUUCAUGGAGACAAUGCGUCAACUCUAGCUAUAAAUAUAUUCAAAACUAUUCACUAUGUUCUUUAAGAAACCUAUGUUACAAUUAUGUUGCCUAUACGCUUUUUCAAAA